AUGUUCACCAGAAAAACCGUCGUUCAAUCUCGCAUUGCGCUCAACACAAUUGGCCGCCGCUUUGCCUCUGUUGGCGAGCAGCAGGCAUUCAAGCCAGCCAACCCAGAGGCUGCCAAGGCCUUCAAGGCACACAUCGAGGCAGAGACCCAUCACGCCCAGGGCACCUCUUCUCUGUGGAAGAAAAUCACUUACUUCGUUGCAUUCCCAGGUAUUGCCUUGACUGCCGUGAACACCUACUUUGUUGAGGCUGAGCACGCCCACCACAGAGAGCACACCAAGCACCUCAGCGACGAUGAGUGGCCUUUGGACUACCCUUACCAGAACGUCAGAAAAGUUGACUUCUUCUGGGGUGACGGAGACAAGACUUUGUUCUGGAACCCGGAUGUCAACAGACACGUCCGUCGCGAGUAA